AUGGCAAAGGGUCUCUCGCCCUCGGCCUCGGCGCCGCUGCUCCAUGCCUCGGCGCAGCCGGGUGGCCCCUGGGUGAAUCGCCGCACAGACCCGCUGCUCACGGCUGGACGCGUGGUGGCACAGCCGCCCAUGAACGAGGCCGCGGCAGUGGCCUGGAAGAUCGUGGGGGGCAAAGACAAGGGCCUGGUGGUGCGGGCGGGCGCUGAGCUGAGCUCCCCUGAGUUGGGCCGCGUGGAGACUGGAGCCUUGGUGGCGGAGCUGGAGCGCCGGGGGCAGCGUCUGCACUUCCGGCUGCUGAGCGGCUCAGGACCCGCGGAGGGGUGGCUCACGCUGCAGUUGGGCGGCAGAGACUUGGCGGUGGCGGUGGAGCUGAAGGCUGCGGGCGAGGAACCCACGCUGGCCGCGGUGCUGAGCCCCGCCUGCGGUGAGGCGGCGGCGAAUGCGGCGCUGGCCGGGCUGCGGCGCGCCGAGGGGCCAAAGCGCUUGGAGAGGGCGCUGGUGCUGUGGCGGUGGCACCGGCCCAGCCGCGCCCUGGAAGAUCUGGGCUCCGGCAGCGCGCAGCUGGCGCUGCAGAUCUGCCUGAGCCGCUGGCCAGAGGCGCAGGCGCUGGCCCUGACCCUGGGCCUCGAGUCCGAGACCGAGACGGCGCUGGAGGCGUGGCAGGGCGGCGCCGGGCGCUUCGCGCCGGCGCCCGCAGUCUUCGACGGCAGCGCGCCGGAAGUGAUGCCAGGUAUUCGACAGAUUGAUGCCCGGAUUCCAGUGGCAGACGUGGAGCUGGGAGUCCGUCUUUUUCUGCUGGAGCAGAACGGCGAAGCUCGAAGUGACCGCCCCCUGCUGAUCUAUUUCCACGGCAACGCGGAGACCGUGGACACCUACAAGGACCAGGAGAUCUUCCGGCCCCUGCGGGCUGCAGACGUCAGCGUGCUGGUCGUGGACUUCCGGGGCUACGGGUACUCCACGGGCAGCCCCAGCCUGGGGACUUUGGGCAGCGACGGGGAGCGCGUGGUGGCGGCGCUGCCGGGCUUCCUAAGGGCCAAGCAGCUGCCGUGGCCCUGGCCAGGGCGGAUGGCGCUGCUGGGCAGGUCCAUGGGCGGCAUUGUCGCCUGCCAUUUAGCGGCGCUCAAAGGGGAGCUCUUUGACAAGGGCGUGAUCCUGGAGUCCACCUUCUGCGGCAGCCAUGCGCCUGGUGCUGCAGCCCCGGAGGAGCCACCCCAGGAGCCGGUGCUGGAGGCCUCCGCCAUGGGCGGCUCCGCGCGGUUUUGGCCCCCAGAGCUGGUGGCGUUGGCCGGGUCCACGGCGGAGCUCUGCCGAAAACUGCUGCGGGCAGAGCUGAAGGAGCUGUUGAAUGACGUCGACCUGAGCUUUGUGCACAUGCUGGCCAAUGAAGACAAGCUACGGGCAUUUACGGGCAAGCUGUUAAUUCUCCAUGGCGAGAUCGAUACCAUCAUUCCUGUCAGCCACGCCACCCGACUUUGUGACGCGGCAGUGUUUGCCACGCGCAGACUGGUGACCAUCAGCAAGGGGCAUAACGAUAUUUCAAGCAGUGACAAGUAUGUGACUGCCCUUCGACAGUUUCUUGCAGAUGGAUAA